CCUUAUUUGACUAGGGUGGAAAAUGGUGGAAAGGAGAGUCAGACGGCUACAGUAGACAGAGGGAUACCAACAGUUUUAUCUCUGCCUACAGACUCACUUUGUGUAGACCUUUAGUAGAAAAGUAGCAGCGAUGGCUGAUGCGGCACAGAUCAAGAAAACUGCAGCCAAAGUGUUGUGCUGCGUGGAGAAAGUGUCGUCUUUCGCUUCCUCCAUCGACCCCAUCUUUGGCAUUGUCUCCUCCCUGGUUGGGGUGGCACGCAAGGGCCUGGUGGACGAGGAGGGCCACGCUCUGGACAAAGACUUCCAGGCAAUCCACAUUCAACUGGAGGGCAUCUCCCAAAAGAACCAACACUGCCUCAGGAAGAUCCGCAUUGAUGAGGUGAAUGAAACUUACGGCAAGUACGAGGAGUACAUCAAGCACCAGUACAAUGCCUUUAACACCAUGGUGGCGCAGAUGAAGAAGGAUCCAGACAACACCCAGCUCCACAUGGAGACCUUUGAGAAGAUUUAUGAGAGAGAUAAGUCUACCGUGAGCCUGGAUGUGUACUACCGUGGUGUGAUGGGGACACACACAGUGUUUGGGAGACCUCUGCUGAAGGUGUACCUGGACCACUGCGACGGCGACCGUGAAAUCAUGGAGCGGCGCUGUUCACACAUCACCCACCUCUUCCACAUGGGCCUCAUCGCCCUCAUGGCCUACACAGCUGUUACAGAGGAUGACGAAGACGAAGUGCGUGACAAGUGGGCCGGGAGGGUGGAGGACAUCCAGACGAAGAUGCAAGAGGUGCUCAGUCAGUGCAAAGACAAAUCGUCCUGAACGUGGACAGAGAGAGAACGUCCUCUGGAUUCGCUGGAAACAACACAGAAAACUAUCUAUAAAUCUCAAAAGACAAAUUAUGUUAUGAUAUAAAAAUAUGUAUAAAACCAAAGCCAUGUUUUGAUUUAUGCAGUUGAGCUGUGUCUGAUGUUCAUAUGGCAGCAUUUUAGUUACUGUUUUGACAGUGUACAUUAUUUUCAAAGAGACCACUAUAACUUUCAGCUGCUUUGUGUCACAUGCCAAUAAAUGCUGAAGUUUUGUACAAUCUCUGCAGUAAAAUAUAGAAAUUA